CACCUGUCGGCGCACACCUGCCCCGCACACCUGUCGGCGCACACCUGCCCCGCACACCUGUCGGCUCGCAGCUUCUCUGUAGCGCCGCCUUCCCGCUUCCAGGGCCUUAGAACCGCGGGGUCGCCUUCCCGGCCACUCCGGCAGGCCGCGCCCCUCUGCUCACCCACCCAUGGGCGCCGCGGUCCCUUCCUGCACCUUCCAGCCCCGACCCCCGGGCCUGAUCCCCGGGCCUGCCCCCCGGGCCCCGCUCCCAGCCCUGUCCCGGCCGCUUCCCAGGAGCGGUCUAGGCCAGGUGAGUGCACACAUGUGCACCUGGGGCCCCCCGCCCGUUACUCAUGGGGCCGCCCGUCUGGUCCCGGCUCGGGGUAUGGGCUUCAGCCCGGUGGUCAUGCAGACGACGGACGCCUGGCCGGCACGGUGAUGGCACCGAGGUUGUUCGCAGCCCAGAGGCAGCGCCCCGGGGCCUUCCAGGCGGGGGGAACCAGAGCAGUGGCGGCUGGUGGGGCUGGAGCUCCAGGACUGCAGGGCCAGUGUGCCGGGCUGGGGCAGGCUGCUCUGCACAGAGCGGGGCUGUUCCCCUGAAAGUGACUGGUUAGCCAGAAGUGUCAGUGUUUGACAGGGAAGCAGGUCCUCUGACGCCUGGGACAGCUGUGUUAGGUGUGGGCAAGUGCCUUGUUCUGACUUAAGAGAUGGCAGCAGGCAGCCCUCAGAGGGAGAGGUGCGCUGGUGGGCCCCUGACCCUGCCUGACUGGGGGCAUGCGGUCACCUGCUGGGCAAUGCCGUUUAGAGACUAACAGUUACUGGUUUCAGGAGGAGGCCCCUACCAAUGUGAAACUGUCGCUUACUUUUUUUUUUUUAAAACAGCUUUAUUGAGGUUUAAUUUACAUACUCUAAAAUUUGCUGUUGCUAGGAUUUUGAACCAAAAGAAAGACCUAGAAAUUGCUUUCUUCUUAGCAACAGUCUUGUGACAGGUUUGCACAACAGUGCCCAGGCCCUUCCCACCCUUUCAGAGACCUUGGAAGGUGAGAAGGCAGUUCCGUGGGUGACCACAGACAGAUGCCCUGGCGCAGUCCCUCCCCUCUGCAGCCUGAGGCCCUCAGGAUUCAGCCCGGUGUGCGCCAAUUUGGGGCCUUGCACUCACUGUCUCUUUGCUGGGACACUGCUGCUCACCUUCAGGCUGUGCUAGGUCAUUUCCUGCAUGCAGCCCCCCAAACACGCUCCCGGGCUGGGUUAGGUGCCCUCCGUUGCCAUCAUUGCGCCAUAUGCCCCCACAAGAGGAAAGGCGCCAUUGGGGUUCAUGUCACAGGCUCCCGAGCACUGAGCUAGCCCACAGCAGGAGCCAGGGAACAUCUGUGCGAGGAGUAGGGUGACUAGGAGUGCCUGCCUCUGCCCCACAGUGGCUGGGGCGGCAGGGCUUUAGAUGGAGGGACCACUGAUAUUUAGAGUUAGUGGAGAAAUAAGCCCAAACCUGGUCCUCUCGGGUCCCUGAAGGAGUAAAUACGUUUUCUCAAAGCUGCAGUUUGUGUCUAGAACACUGGGUUGAGAACACUGUGGUGACAACUUGUCCUUGGAGAAAGCAUUUGUGUCCUGUCUUAGUGGUCUAUCGUCUAGUGCUACUAUAACAAACACCACAAGUCAAUGGCUCUAACAAAUUUAAUUGACUGUCUCGUGGUUUUUAGCAGGCUAGAAGUCCUAGUUCAGGGCACCGGCCCUAGGGGAAGGCUUUCUCUCUCUGUUGGCUCUGGAGGAAGGUCCUGUCUCCCUGAGCUUCUGCCCUGGGCAGUCUUCAUGUGGCUUGGCAUCUCUUUUCUCUCAUCUCUGCUUCUUUAGAUUGCUUGUUUAAUCUCUUUUAAACCUCAAGAGAGAUGGACUCAAGAUACAACCUACACUAAUCUUGCUUCAUUACCAUAAUGAAGACAACCCAUUCUCAAAUGCCGUGUAUAUAUAUACGGGGCAUAGUGGUUAGGAUUCCUAGCACAUGUAUUUUGGGGACACAAUUCAAUCCAUAACGCUUCCCCACCAGUCAGCCCACUUUUGCAUUCGGGAUCAUGCGCCAUCAUCCUGUCCAGCCCAAGGCCUCGCAGGAAGCAUGGGAAAAGUGUUGGUAAAGCACUCAGCACCCAACAUCAGCUGUGUUAGCGGAGAAAACAUUUGUCACUGGAACUUUAUGAUAAUUCUGAGUGGUCACCUUCCUUAAUUAAAUAAGAUGCAGGUCCCCGAGGAUUUACUCUGGAGAAAAGACACCCUUGGCGCGGAGGGCGGUUCCUGCCAAGGCUGCCCUCUGCAUGCCUGGGGCCUGUCCCUUCCACCUGGGGCUCCCUCCAGGUGGUAAUGUCUCCCACACACACUCGGGAGGUCUCCUUGCCCUGCCCAGGGCUCCCCUAGUGAGGAGUCUGUCUCCUCCUGGAAACUCCCCUCCCACCAUUGCUUUCUUACCCAGGAGCACUUCACCAGAAAAGCUCACUUUCCCUGCACAUGGCACCAGCAAGCUGGGAGACUCCACAGCCCAUUUGGCAGAUCGGGCGCUCUGCUCCCCAGGUACUUUCGGCAGGUGCUGAGUACCCCGGGGCCGGGGAAGUCAGACCUGGCUGCAGACCACACCUCAUUUUGGGCUCCCAAGGUCUGGUGAGAACAGUGGCUGGUGUGUGGCAGUGAGAGAGUGGCUGGGGGCAGGAGGCCCUGUGCUCAGGAGCCCUGACCUGAGGUAGCGGAGAAUCCCACUCACCUUGGCCGAGACCACUGGACAGCUGAGGAGGCCUGGCCCCGCGGCUGCUGCCGUCAGGUCCUGGCUUAUUCUUGUUCUAUGUGGGCUUUUGUGAGAUCGCUCCCCUGUGUCCCAAGUCGGGAAAACACAGGUAAAUAUUUCCAGUAUUCUCUGUUUUCUGCUAAGACCCCUCCAACAUCAGCAUUCCACAUCCUGUCCUGAAUCCAGCUUGAACUUCUGGCAGUUGCCUGCUGAUAAGUGGCUACGGUCAUUUUUUAUUUGUCUCCAGCAGAAUUUUGCUAGCACGUAAUGUUAACGAUAACGUUUAAUAGUUUCUGCGUUCGGCUUGAUUGCCUUUCUUUGAAACGGGCAUGAAUAUGGAUCUCUUCCAGUCAGUUGGCCAGGUAGCUCUUCUUUCAGAUUUUUUGACAUGGAUGAGUGAGCACUUCCAGCCUGCAUCCAUUUGUUGAAUCAUCUCAGUUGGUGCUCCAUCGCUUCCUAGAGUCUUACUUUUCACUGAUACCAUCAGUGCCGCUUGACCCACGGUUAGCACCCACGGAAGCAGCAGUCAAGAAGUCAGACGAUGCACUGGGCAUAUCUGCAAAAGACCUCUUUAACGUAUUAAAAAGCAAAUAUGUCAUUUUGACUAAGACAUGGUCUUUUAAGGUGUCUCAUACGUGUGCAAAAGCUGGACAGCGAAAAAGGAAGACAGAAGAAUUGUUAACGUUCGAACUGUGGUGUUGGUGAAGAACGUUCGGUGUACCAUGGGGUAUGAGAAGAAUCAACAAAUCAGCCUUAGAAGAAACACAACCAGGAUGCUCCUUGGAAACGAUGGUGUGAUUUUGAUUCCUUUACUUUGGACAUGUCAUCAGGAAAGACCAAUCGCUAGAAAAGGACAUCCUGUUUGGUAUAGUAGAGGGUCAGCAAAAAUGAGGGAAAUCCUCCACGAGGUCGACUGAUACAGUGUUUUCAGCAGUGGACUCCAACAUACCCAAGAUUGUAAAGAUUGCGCAGGACUGGGCAGCAUCUCGUUAGGUUGUACAUAAGGUCACCAUGAAUUGGAGCCGACCGGAUGGCCAUUAACAAGGAUGACAACGUCCUGAGCGGGGCCCCGUCCUCAUGCCCUUGCUCAGAGGUAAUGCUCUCUCCGCAGAGCCCCGCUUCAGCCAGAGGUUUGGAGACCCUUCAUCUGCAAGCUUCACCAGUUUCACCUUCUCUCUUCCGGAAAACGUAGGCAAUGAAAAGAGGCUUGAGGCCACGGUUUGAAGACUGGUGGCUGGCUGUCCUCCUUUCUCUCUCUCCUGCUGAGAGGAGCCUGGCUUUUCUGAGACUAAGGUGGGCUGCACUGCUCCGGCAUCCUCUGGAGCUCGGUUUCUGGUCAGGGGCGCCACAGUGAGCACAUUCAGCAGCAAGGGACAUAGCUGGAGGCGGCACAAGGCCACAGUCUAAAGACCAGGAGGGAAGGGCGUCUGCCCCCCACCCUCUUGUGCUGCUGGGCAGUGAUCAGAAGGGGGAGGGAGUGGUUAGAGAGAAGCAUGUAGGCUGGGACUGGCAGGCCAGGGCCAGCGCCCAUGCCGAGCCAGUAGGAAGCUGGUGACAGCGGUGUGGUGCGUUGAGCCACCGUGCUCCUGGUGGUCUGCAGAAAAGCCAGAGAUCCUGGCUGAAGCUCUCGGGAUACCCCAGGUGGCCAGCAGGUGGGACUCUGGCCCUCUCUGGUGUUGAGGUGUGUUUCAUGGCAGCCUCCCAUCUCUGAGGACUGAAAGGCAGAGCCGGGCCCCGGUGACACUCAGCAGGGCGGGUAUCCUCUGCGAGCAGGUGUGUCAGCCCCAUGUACCCUGGUGUCAUGGGCCCGGGGGACCUUGGGGGUGUCCCUCUGCUCAAGUGAGGCCCCUGUGCUGGACAGUGUGCAGGCGACGUGGGAGUGAGGGUGAGGGCAGGCUCUGCUGCAAGAGCUUGGCAGGCCCAGGUAGCUGUGACUGUCCAGCAGCCAGGCUGCAGACCUGAGGGGUGAAAGGUACAGGAGGACCUCCUCCCGCCCACCAGCAGACCCACGCUGGGCGGUCCUGGCUGUCUUGGGGGUGGGGGGGCUGGCAGACGUGGACAAGGCACUUGCUGGCACUGGGGGCUGUGUGGUGGGACCGGGCCCUCGCUGAGCCUCAGUUUUCAAGCUUCUGGCGGGAGAUUGGCCUGCUUUGUCUUUCUGUAUUCAUCCUUGGUGGCAGCUCUGUCAGGAAUGCAUGUCACAAGCCCCCGUGACCUGUCGCUCUUCUCUGCAGACUCCAGGCACGCCAAGCGGCGGCCCCCAUGGCAGCCGCGAGCGUGACCCCCCCAGGCUCCCUGGACCUGCUGCAGCCUGGCUUCUCCAGGACGCUGCUGGGUGCAAAGCUGGAGGACAAGUACCUGUGCUCAGCCUGCGGGAACGUGCUGCGCCGGCCUGUGCAGGCCCAGUGUGGCCACCGCUACUGCUCCUACUGCCUGGCCAGCAUCCUGAGGCACACUGUGAGGUCUGCCCCAAGCUCCCCCUGACCUGUGAAGGCUGCGGCAAGAAGAAGAUACCACGAGAGAAGUUCCAGGACCACGUCAGGACCUGUGGCAAGUGCAGAGCGCCCUGUCGGUUCCAGGCCCUCGGCUGCCCUGACAUGGUGGAGAGGGAGCAGCAGCAGGAACAUGAGGCACAACGUCUUCAGGAGCACCUGGGCCUGCUGCUGGGCCGCAUCUUGGAGGCAAAGCACCUCUCUGGAGAUGGGGGCUGGGAGGCCAGGGUGCCAGGGCUCACUGAGCCGGCCAGGCUCCUGGAGAGGUGCGACACCCUGGAGAGGAAGACGGCCACGUUUGAGAACAUCGUCUGCGUCCUGAACCGGGAGGUGGAGCGGGUGGCUAUGACGGCAGAGGCCUGUGGCCGGCAGCACCGGCUUGACCAGGAGAAGAUUGAGGCCCUCAGCAGCAAGGUCAGCCCACAUGCACGUGUGCAGGUGCAGCAGCUGGAGCGCAGCAUCGGGCUGAAGGACCUGGCCAUGGCCGACUUGGAGCAGAAGAUCCAGGAGAUGGAGGCGGCCACCUACGAUGGGGUCUUCAUCUGGAAGAUCACUGACUUUGCCCGGAAGCGCCAGGAAGCUGUGGCUGGCCGCGCCCCUGCCAUCUUCUCUCCAGCCUUCUACACCAGCAGGUACGGCUACAAGAUGUGUCUGCGUAUCUACCUGAAUGGGGAUGGCACCGGGCGUGGCACCCACCUGUCUCUCUUCUUUGUGGUGAUGCGAGGCCCCAACGAUGCCCUGCUGCGGUGGCCCUUCAACCAGAAGGUGACGCUUAUGCUGCUCGACCAGAACAACCGGGAACACGUGAUUGAUGCCUUCCGGCCCGAUGUGACCUCAUCCUCCUUCCAGCGGCCCAUCAGCGACAUGAACAUCGCCAGCGGCUGCCCCCUCUUCUGCCCCGUCUCCAAAAUGGAGGCCAAGAACUCAUACGUGCGUGACGACGCCAUCUUCAUCAAAGCCAUUGUGGACCUGACGGGUCUCUAGCGCUGCUGCUGCCAUGUGGAGAAGGUGCACCGUGGGCUCCACACUGGGCAGGCCCCCGGGCACCAGGCAGGGCUGGGGAGGGUCCCUGCUUCCCACCGAGUGUGCCCCCAGCGCCCAGGGAAGGAGGCAUGCUGGCAUAGAGAGGCCUCCGAGGCAGGAGCAUGGCCGUGGACCACAGACAUGCCCUGCGGUGCCAGGAGAGCACUUCGGGUGUGGCAGGAGCUGCUGUUGGGACCCCUGUCCCUCGGCCUUGGGGAGCAGGAGAAGGGGGGCUCAGGCCCCGCCACCCGGCUUGACCCUUGUGGCCAUCUUUGGGCCCAUGCUGCUCGUCCAGGGCAGGAAGAGCUGCCUCACCUGGCCGUGCGUUCCUCAGGCCCAGGACUAGGCAGGUUGCUGAUCAUGGGGGCCUAUAUCCCUCAAGAUGUUGGGGUACCCUGCCUUUGCUGGACCUUCAGGGGUGUAGGUAGGGCGGGUGCACAGUCCAGCCCCACUCGCUGGGGGAUGGGUCAGCCACGCCGUCAGCUGACAAGGACUUGUCAUUAAAUCUUUCAAACCUGCAAGGUGUGUGGUGUCCACCUGACUGUCCCACAGCGGUGACCCUCAGGGCCUCCUGAUCACCCCCUCCCCCGUGCAGCCCUGCCACCUGCUCCAACCCCCAAUGCUGCCUAUGUAGGGGCCCCGCCAGCCAGCCUUUGUACCUCAGACACUGAGUCCGCUCCCUCCCUGUGGCAGCUGGACGCCCUGCAGGCCUUACAGGGCUUCCUGGGGAGCAGAGCUGGAUGUGCCCCACCCCUCACGCCACCCUUCUGUGCAGAGGUCAGUACUGGCCCAGAGGAGCCAGUUGCUUGUUCCAUGUUAGGGGUCUGACAAGUGUGUUGCUGCCAAGAACUAGGCCUCUCCAGGUCCUGGGUGUUCCUGUGACAGUGGCAGAGUCUUGGGGUCCCGAGGAUGGGGUUGCACCUGUCUUAGGCCUGUCUGAAAGCCUGUCAGCCCUGGGCGGUGGCUGAGGGCAAAGGGACCUGUGCAACCUCGAGUCAGGGGGCCUGGCGCCUAGGAUCCUGGCAGGGGCGGUUUUCACCCCAGAGUCAAGGGUUGUCUGUUCUCAGGGCAAAGUGCGUUCUGGAGGGCUGGGCAGGUGGGCUGUCCCAGGGCUGGCGUCAGCACUCAGGUCUGCAUGUUGAGAAGUGAGAGUGGCAUGUGGAGAAGCAGAGAAGAGCCCAGUGAGCACUUGUGUCCCCCAGCAAGGACAGAUGCACAUGUGUUGUGUGACUUAAAAGAGGCUGGCAGCUAGAACCCACCCGGAGGCACCUUGGAAGACAGGCCUGGUGAGCUGCUUCCGAAAGGUCCCAGCAUUCAAAGCUCUAUGGAGGUGUUCUGCUUUGCACCCAUGGGGUUGCCAUGAGUCGGAACUGACUCAGAAGCAACCAGCGACAACAACACGUGUCUUAUUUAAAAAUACCAAAUGCUGCAGGAGAGGUGGCAGCCCAUCGCCCGCCUCCUUCCCCCUGCGUAGGAGCUGUCACUGGGACUUGACAUGACACUCUCCUCUCUGGGCGUCCAGUUGUCCUUGUCCAUUUCUGCAUCCAUAGUGAGGGUGCCGCUUUUAAAACUUGACAGACACCUAGGCAGAGUCCUCAGCGGACAGCCCUCCCACUCAGCCUGUCUGCAGUCCUGGCGUGCCACCCCCUGUGCACCACUGGGUCUCCGGCUGCACAUGGAGUCCUGCAGGAUGGCACGUGGCAGAUUAGACACCUGAGCCAUCACAUCUGGGACAGGGGAGACGAGGCCGAGAUGCCCUCUGUCAGCAGGGUCCCUUCUGUGUCCCAGGCGAGCCCCCCGUCCCCAGAAUUCUUCCUAGGAAGGAGGAUGGUGGGACUUCGUCUUAUGUACUUUGUACAUGUUAUCAGGAGGGACCAGUCCCUGGAGAAGGCCAUCAUGCUUAGUAAGGUAGAGGGACAGCGAAAAAGAUGAAAGCCCCCGACCAGACGGAUUGACAGUGGCUGCAACAGUGGGCUGAGGCACAACAAGGAUUGUGAGGACGGCGCAGGACCGGGCUGUGAGCUGGAGCCGACUCCAGGGCGCCUGACAAUCACACAGUCUCUUUAGAAGCUAGAUGAUUGAUUUGAGAACUUUAUUUGCUAAAACAAACACUUAGUGCUUUAGUUUCGUCCCAGAAGUAUGAAGUUUUAUUUUCAUUUUUGUUAAGUUUAAAAUGUUUCUAAUUUCUCUUCAGACUUCCUUUUUGAUCUAUGGAUUAUUUACAAGGGUAUCGUUAGGUUCCCAAGUGCUUGGAGAUUUUCCUGCUAUCUUUGUGACUAAUUUCUAAUUUAAUUUGUAUUACGGUUUAUAAACAUUUGGAUUCCUUUAAAUCUGUUGAAGGCAUUUUAUGAUCCAGGCUGUAGUGUCUCUAGGUGAUCGUUCCACGCGCACUUGAAGAGGAUGGACGUUCUGCCCUUGCUGAGUGGAACGUUGCGGACGUUAUCAGUUAGAUUCAGUUGGUUGAUGGUGGUGGUCGGCCCUGUAUCCUUUCCACCUUUGGGCUAUUGUGAAUAAUGCUGUAGUGAACACAGGUGCACAAGUAUGUGUGUGAGUCCCUGCUUUCAGUUCUUCUGGGUCUGUAUCUAGGAGCGGAAUUGCUGCGUCAGUUGAUGAUUCUGUGUUUACCUCUUCAGGGAGCCGCCACGCAGUUUGCCGCAGCAGCUGCACCGUCCGACAGUCCCACCAGCAGUGGGCAGGGGCUCGAGUCUCGGCACACCCUCACAGACACUUGUGCUUUUAGUUUUUCUGAUAAUAGCCAUCCUAGUGGGCCUAAAGUAGUAGUGUCGCAUUGUGGUUUGGAUUUGCACUCGUCUAAUGACUAGAUACUCUACUGAGCAUCUUUUCAUGUAUUUACUGGCUAUUUAUGUGUCUCCUUUAGAGGGAUGCUUGUUCAAGUCCUUAGCCCACUUCUAAAUUGGGUUGUUGGUCUUUUUGCUGUUAAGUUGUUGUGUGCCGUUGAGUCGACUCCGACUCCUGGUGACCCUGUAGGAUGGAGAAAUGCCCCACAGGGUUUUGAUUUGCAGCCUGUUGGAUAUGUUUUCUAAGUGUUUCUUCCCAUUCUGUAGGUUGUAUUCUCCUUUGAUGCACCAAAGUUUAAUUUUGAUGAAAUCCAAUUUAUCUGUUUUUUCUUUAGGUGUCAUAUUGAAGAAUCUCUGCCAAAAACAAGGUCCUGAAGAUUAACCCUGUGUUUUCUUCAGAGCUCUAUGGCUUUAGCCCAUACAUUAGUUGUUGGUCCAUUUUCAGUUAGUUUUGUGUUGGUGUGUGUGCGAUAGGGGUGUUAACUGCAUUCUUUUGUGUGUGGGGAGCCAGCUGUCCCUCCGGUUUUCGUUUGAUUAGUGUUUUCAUGGUGUAUCUUCUUCCGUCCUUUUACCUUUAACCUACCUGUAUUUCUGCCCCUCUCUCAUCUCCCUAUUGCUACUGAGUCUAUCCAGUCAAAAUUUUGGUUAUUGUACUUUUCAGUUCUAACAUUUCCAUUUGGUUUUUUUUGUAUCUUUGUUUUUUGUUGAGACUUUAUUUUUUUAUUUUUUGCAAGCUGUUUGUGAUUGUUCAAACAUUUUUAUCGUAGCUGCUUUAAAGUCUUCUUCAGACAAUUGAACACCUGUGCCUUUGCAUCCUUGGUAUCUGUCAAUUGUCUUUUCCCUUGUGAGCUGAAAUUUUCAUGGUUCUUUGUGUGCCUAGUAAAUGUGGAUUACAUCCUAGAUGUUUUGAAUAUUACUUAAUGAGGCUCUGGGUCUUCUUUAAAUCCGGUAGACAGUAUUUUGGUUUGACCAGACGCUGACUGGAUCUCGUUCAGAUCGCAAGCCAAACUGCCUCCGUGCACUGGAAUUCCAGCGUCAGUUCAGUGUCAAAGCCUUUGCGCUGCUCUUCGGGCCAGUUCCCCACGUACACCUUCCUGUCACCCAUCUGGGCCUCGCAUGCUGGCCUGUUAGUUUUCACGUCACUGGUAUGAUAAUUCGGAGCAGAUCCAGGCGUCCGCAGUUGGAGGAUGCGCCUUGGAGCCGAGUUCAUACAUAACUCUGUGGGUGGUUUUCACGUGCUGUUCUCACUCAGUUAUCUCCCUUGUAGUUUCUGACACCUUUUGGUCCUUCAGCAAGAAACUUGGGGCUGUUCACCCACUCUGUCAUGCCCUCCCCCAGAUUGCCCACCUUUGGGCCCACCCAACAGGAGGUCACAUAGAGAAAAGUAAUGGGGUUGGUUCCCCUUUUGGAACCGCAGCCUCACUGAGCAGCAAGGAAGCUUCCCUUCCCCUAGAGUUUUGGUUCAUGUGAGUGUCCAUGGCCACUACUUCACUGCCACCAGCGAGUUAUCUGGGGGCUAGCUAGGUGCAGAGGAGCAAAGAGAGAAAAACCAGGUAUUUCCCAUUCACUAAGGGUUCCCUUUCCCAGUCCUUGAGCCAGGCUUCUCUGGGGCCCAGCACACAGCUCCAGGUUUAUAGCUGUACCCAGUUCGGGCCAGGGUGCCAGAGGAAGAAGAGGGUAGGCUGACCCUGUGGUACUUGACAUUCUGUUUUCUCCUGUCCUCCUGUGCACUUGUCCAGGUUCCUAGGUAGCUGCCCCGCCCUCAGCCCAGCUGAGGGACAGGCUCACCCAGAGCCAGACUCUUGCAGAAUCUCAGACCUCUUUUCUCGACAUGCAGUUUUGGGAUGUGGUGUCUGGGUGUGUGCCAGUUCUCCUCCUGUUAAGACCUCAGCUGUACGUGUUUUUUUAGGAUCUUCGUCUUUCUGUAACGGGCCUUUUUUUCUGUACACCUGGGUCUCUGCCGCUGUCCCUGUCCCUCCUGGAAGCCCUGCAGGUGGGUGAACGUUGGAACAUUCUGGGCCAUGGAAUCUGUCCUUCGGGUUCUCUGGCUGCAUUUCUGUUUAGAUUCAUCUCCUUUCUAAGUUCUAUCCAGUCCAUCAUUUUUUUUUCAAUGUUUUUGAUUUUGCUCUGUGUGUCAUUUUCUGCAGUUUCUAACUGUUUUCCUUCUUGGACAGUAAGGCUGAUGUACUCAAAUACUUCUUUGUGCUUGUGGGCUUGGUCCCCCACCCUGAUCCACUCACAGACUGUUAGGAAGGCCCUGUGGUGCAGUGGUCAGGGACAGAUUCUCACCAGCCUGCUUGGCCCAGCAUCUCCGCUGUGGCCUGGGGUCUCCCGUCACCUGUGUCAGAUGGGCCUCUCCCCAUCCCUGCAGACACAGCACAGAGACUGGGUGGGGUGCUGUUGCCAACUGUUUAUUCAGAGGACAGGUGACAAGUGUACAAGUGACAUGUGGUACACUCCAGUGUGCCAGAUGGGCCUGGGCCUGUGGCCGACUGACCUGCUCCUCCCCCAGAUGCUGGUUGGGCCAGGUGAUCGGAGGAG